AUGCACCUGCCCGGCUGCGCCCCAGCCAUGGCCGACGGCAGCUUCUCGCUCGCCGGCCACCUGCUCCGCAGCCCGGGCGGGAGCACCUCGCGGCUGCAUAGCAUCGAAGCCAUCCUGGGAUUUACCAAGGACGACGGGAUCCUCGGCUCCUUCCCGGAGGAGCGGGUCGCCCGGGGUGCGAAAGAGCGGGAUAGGAGGCCGGGCGCGCGGACCUCCUGCCCCAAGGCGCCUGCAGGAGGCGCCGAGCCCUCCACGCCGCCCGCCCCGGCACCGGCUCCCGAGUACGAAGCCCCUCGCCCCUACUGCCCCAAGGAGACCGGGGAGGCGCGGCCGAGCCCUGGGCUGCCUGUCGGACCCCCAGCCCCCGGCGACUCGAAGCUGUCAGAGGAGGAGCAGCCCAAGAAGAAGCAUCGACGGAACCGCACGACCUUCACCACGUACCAGCUGCACGAGCUGGAGCGCGCGUUCGAGAAGUCCCACUACCCCGACGUGUACAGUCGCGAGGAGCUGGCCGGCAAGGUCAACUUACCCGAGGUCCGGGUCCAGGUGUGGUUCCAGAACCGACGGGCCAAGUGGCGGCGGCAGGAGAAGCUGGAGGUGUCGUCCAUGAAGCUGCAGGACUCGCCCCUGCUCUCCUUCAGCCGCUCCCCGCCCGCCGCGGCCCUGGCGCCCCUCGGGGCGGGCCCGGGCGGCGGCGGCGGCGGGCCUGCGGGGGGCGCCCUGCCGCUCGAGUCGUGGCUCGGGCCGCCGCUGCCGGGCGGGGGCGCCACGGCGCUGCAGAGCCUGCCAGGCUUCGGGCCGCCAGCGCAGAGCCUGCCCGCCAGCUACACGCCGCCGCCGCCGCCCUUCUUGAACUCCCCGCCCCUCGGGCCCGGCCUGCAGCCCCUCGGGCCGCCGCCGCCGCCGCCGCCGCCGCCCGCCUACCCGUGCGGGCCCGGCUUCGGGGACAAGUUCCCGCUGGACGAGGCGGACCCGCGCAACAGCAGCAUCGCGGCGCUGCGCCUGAAGGCCAAGGAGCACAUCCAGGCCAUCGGGAAGCCGUGGCAGGCCCUCUAA